AUGAGGUUAAUUAAAUUACGGAAUCAUCUGGUGCCAAAUUUCACAAGUGCUGAAAAUAAGUAUUUGGUAAAUUUUCAUAUACAAACGUGUACAUCAAUAAUCAUACCAGCACCACCCUCUAUUUUCUUUCACUCUCUAUCCCUCUCUCUCUCUCUCUCUCUCUCUCUCUCACCAUUAGAUGUUCGUAAUUUUGAAUCUCUCUCUCUCUCUCUCUCUCUCUCUCUCUCUCUCAAUACAAUAUCUGUUACACCCCUUAACCGACCAUUAGACCACCAUUUCUACGCCCACACACUCUUAUUCUAUCUAUCUAUCUAUCUAUCUAUCUAUCUAUCUAUCUAUCUGGAGAGAGAGACAGAGAUGAACGUCGAUGAAAAUCAAAUUUACUAUCUAUCUAUCUAUCUAUCUAUCUAUCUAUCUAUCUAUCUAUCUAUCCCAGUUUGUUCAUGGGCUGGCAUCCCGCUCUCACACUUUCACUGUCGAAACUGCUAA